CAAUGCUAAAGUAAAAUAACGUGAAGAAAUGCAAGACCCACUAAAUGCAAGGAAAUGAAAAUGUUGAUUAUUCAAGCGAGAGCGAAAAUGAGAUUAAUAUAGAUGUUCUUGCUAAAUCCAGAAAAUGCACAUUAAAACAAUGUAUUAAAGAGGGAUAUCUCAUGAAACAAUCUUCGAAAUCGUUUCAACGAUGGCAGAAAAGGUACUUUCGACUUGGAAAUCAAAAGCUAUAUUAUGCUAAGGAUGAAAAGUCCUCAAUAUUUGACGAGAUCGAUUUGAAGCACGUCAGCGUGGCUGAAACCAGCACCAAAAACUUGAAAAAUAGCUUCUCGAUAAUUACGCCAUCUAGAUCGAUAGUUAUAGCCACGGAAAGUAGGAAAGAAAUGGAAACAUGGAUGAAUCUCUUCAAAAAUAUUAACGUAAAAACUAACAAUCAUGAAACCAUAACACCUAUCAAUAUGACCGGUCAACACAAUUGGUACAACUCGUCUCAUGCCCGACCAACCUAUUGCAACAUAUGUCGAGAAGCUUUAUCAGGCGUUACCUUCCAUGGCUUAUCUUGCGAAAUUUGUAAAUUCAAGUGUCAUAAAAGAUGCGUCAUAAAAGCUAUCAACAAUUGUAAAUGGACAACAUUAGCUUCUAUGAGAAAAUACAUCAUUGAAGAUGCUGACAAUAAUCUUAUAAUGCCUCACCAAUGGGUAGAAGGUAAUUUACCCGUUCAUUCAAAAUGUUCCACAUGCAACAAAAAUUGUGGGAGUGUCUUAAGAUUGCAAGAUUGGAGAUGCUUGUGGUGUCGAUAUACGAUUCACAAUAAUUGCAAGCAUUUGCUUCCCGAAGCCUGCACUUUGGGCCCGUAUAAAAUGUCGAUCGUGCAACCUAUAUAUAUGCACGGAGGUAGCCAAGAACUCGACAUGUGCGAUGAUUUGGACGACGAGUUUCAUCAUAUCAGUCAUCGAGAUGAGAAUUCCAAUCCGAACAGUAAUGCCAAUAACAACUCAGAAUACACUGGAGUCAGUCCGUUGAUAGUGUUCGUCAAUUCAAAGGCCGGGGAUAAACAGGGAAUCAAGAUAAUUCGUAGGUUUAAACAAUAUCUCAACCCUAUUCAAGUAUUCGAUUUGCUAAACGGUGGACCUGUAUUUGGAUUAAAACUAUUUCGUAAAUUCGAGCCCUUUCGUAUUCUCAUAUGUGGAGGGGAUGGCAGUAUUAGCUGGGUAUUGAAUGAAAUUGACAAUUUACGCUUGUUACCCAAAUGUCAAGUCGGCCUAUUACCCUUAGGAACUGGUAACGAUUUAUCUCGUGUGUUAGGCUGGGGUAGCUCGUUCGAUGACGACAUACCCUUAAGUACACUCAUCGAGAGAUUUGAGCGAGCUUCUGUUAAAAUGCUAGAUAGGUGGAGCGUGAUGGUUUACCAGGACGAUAAUGACACUGGUCCAUUAUCCCCCAUAUCACCUGCUCCUUUCUCUUUGGAACCCCCUCCUUUUUCCUGUCCUUCCCCUUCAUAUCCUACUUUAUUACAACGCACCAAAUUGGAAAUAUUCUCGAAUCUCUCUACCUCUGCCGUCCUGCUAUCUCAAUUCUCUCAUUCUCUCAAACUAAAUAACGAAUUUCUUCGCGAACAUAUCUCCAUAAAAGACGGCGAAAUAAAUGAGCGGAAAUCGAUGAUAUCGGCAAAGGACAAAAAAUACGGUAUCAUCGAUAAAGACGUUACGCUCACGAAUACCGAGAAUGAUGUUGAGGAGUAUGAUGGAAAGAAGGAAAAGAGCGAUUAUGAUAAACAGAUAGAUUCGUUGAUUGAAUGCUGCGAUUUUAUGAGCCAGGAGCUUAAGUACAUGGCGGGAGACGAUGAAAAUUACGAUAGUGCUUCUGCGGAAUACGAAUAUACUUUUAAUUUCGCCAACACAACGAAUCAAAUUCAGUCUAUCGAGGAUUUACGUGCCAAAUUGCGUGACAUAAUUGCCAAAUUCGAAAAUAUUUUGGCCAAAAUUGAAGAUUUGCACUUUUCAACUUCUAAAUGUGAUUCCCCUUUCUAUAUUCAAACGAACCAAAACUUUCGCUCAAAUUUAGCGCAAAAGGCUCCCUCGAUAGUCAUAAACAAACCCACUGUAAAUUACCCGGACGAACCUGUAAACAUCGACACGACUAUAAGUUACAUAGAUACAAACGAUGAUAUCGAGACCAAAAAUUUGCAUCAUAUUGAUAAUGUGACUAACUUAGAUACUAAAAAUUUUGAGGACUUCAACCGUAAUCUAUACGAUGGUCAAUCCUUAUCAUUCAUUCAUCCGGAUGAUAUAUGGGUACCCAGAAAUCUCAAUGACAAAGAAUUAGAGACGUGCAAGAUAGAUGUAAGUCUGGUGGAAGGAAAGAUAAAUAUUAACUUGCUACCCUCCGAAAACUCUGCCCUAAGCUUGCAUCCACCUUUAUCCGCACAAGGCUCUAAUAAUUCAUCUGACGCAACUAUCAUACCAGCUAAUCAUCAAAUUCAUAAUAAUCAAUCAGAUGAAAUUAACCAGACUACACCCGUUAAUACUAACUCCUUAGACAAAAUUUCGAAUCAUAUCAUAAAUUACGAUCAUUUCUAUAGUUGUCCCGAUACCUUAUCCUAUAAUGCUAAGCAGGCAAUGAUAAAAUUAGACAACAAAAUUUUGAAUCAAGCACAUUCUCAAGGUACUUUAUCGAUGGAUAGAGAUGACAAUGAUGAAGCGGUCUGGGAGUUUUUAAAGGAUAAUAGUGCUUCUAACGACGAAAAUGGCCCCCCUCUCCAGAUAAUUGACCCAAAACGCGAUAACGAACACGAAAUUAAAGAGCGGAGGAGGAAAAGAAAUAUGGUCCUAUCUUCUUCUUCGUUCGAAGAUAUGAUGUUGUUUUCUGAUGAAAAUAUUAACGAUAAUCGGGAUAUCGCUAACGUAGAUGAUGGAGGUAUGAUCACGUCUGCAAAAAAUAAUCUUACGACGGAAGGAACUAAAAUAACAGGAGAGGAUUUGUUCUCCACAAAAUCUCUCAUGUUGCCAUCCGAUAAAAAUAGCGCAUUGACCGGGCUUCCUUUCUCAAAGAGUAGAACACCUUCCGGCUCAAACUAUGACGGAGAUGCUUCUGAACAAGGAGAAGAUAAUGAUUCAGUAUUUUUGAGCCAAAAACCGUCUGCCAAAUUUAAUUUCGACCAGAAAUCCGAUGAUUAUGACGAAAUGCAUUAUGUCGCCACUUCCAUCUUAGAAUUCAGGGCUUCCUUGCUUAUUCAAUUGGAUAGUUUGAAACGGAACAUACAAAAACUUGACGCCUUAAUAACCGGCUCUAAAAAUGGUAAUUAUUAUAGCAAAAGUGAAGACGGGCUACGUGAUAUGCCUUUCAAUAAUGACUCAAAUAAGAACAUGAUCAUACCACACGUAUUUAUACAAGAUUUGUCCUCCACCGCCUCACUCUCCCCCUCUCCAGAUAUAAUCAACGUUCACAAAUCGUUGAAUAUCGCCCGGGAAUCAAUAUCGAAUGCUAACUCCAAUACUUCGGGUCAAACGGUAGAUACGAAUCACUUGAGUGCGAAACUUAUGUUUUCCUCUUCCUCCGUUUCAUCUUCCAUAACGUCUCUUAAUUCUUCGUCUUCCUCUGCUACUAACGUCAAUAAGAUUACCCAGGAAUCAUCUCACGCUUCCAACCCGCACUUAUUAUACGUACCUGGCACACAUAUAAACUACGUUUCUCUUUGCAACGAAAAAUCAGCAGAAAACAUGUAUGAUAGCACAGAAGGGGUUGAAUCUAUGGGACGAGCAGCAACUGCUUCCGAUCCGGAAUACAGAGACAGAGGAUUGAGAUCUCAAAGCCUGAAGCCGGAUAUGACAAUGGUUCACGAUGCUAUCAGUGCCGAAAACCUUUUACAAAUCCAAAGUCCUAUUAAAUGCAAAAAGAAAGCCAGCACAGUAUCUUUAAUGCUCUUUGAUCAAAAAAUCAAUAAUAAUAACGCUUUUUUCAAAGAUAGGGAUAAGAAUAAGAUUACCGUAGAUUACGGAUCCGCAUCGGAUAAAAAGAAUCAUAGCCAUAGAGAUAAUAUCAUCAGACGCUGGAGCAAGACCUCCUACCAUACCUUGUUCCGAUUUCCUCACAUAGGACCGGCCAAAAUUUCGGGAAGAUUGAGCCCCAAAACACUCAGAUCAGGGUUAUUAUUUUCUUCCGAAUCUUUCGCUCAACCGCUAGUCGUUCCGGCAUCGUCCCCUGACAGCGGCAAUUUGAGUAUUAGUAAAGGUGAUACCGUAUACUCAUCUUCCUCAUCCGUGACGGAUCGCGCAAAAUAUUACAACUAUUAUAAUUAUUAUACGCGCAAACGUAACUCUAGGCCAAUUGUUCAAGAUGAUCAGAUGGACGAAACGACCUCCUCCAUAGGUGGUAACUCGUCCUAUCAAAACUCUUCCAAACAAAAGCCAACUAACACCAGCGAUAAAAGCGGAAACAGUAGUGUCAUCGGGGAUAUACCCAGGAUCAAUUAUUCUGCCGUGAACGAAAGCUUAUGUGCAUCUAUCACUGGAAAUUUGAUAGGACAAGUGCUGCUGGCAAAUGCCGACGCGCUGUGCGCUCCUGCUCUUCCAUUACUUGAUCACGACACUUUCCCAUUACACGUUAUGAAGGAGAAAUGUGUCAUGAACAAUUAUUUUGGGAUUGGGCUCGAUGCCAAAAUAUCUUUAGACUUCCAUAAUAAGCGGGAAGGACACCCCGACAAAUGCAGUCGGACGAGAAACAUGAUGUGGUACGGCCUUUUAGGCACUAAGGAAUUACUUCAAAAUACUUUCAAAAAUCUCGAACAAAAGGUGCAUUUGGAGUGCGAUGGCAUACGGAUUCCGUUACCAAGUUUGCAAGGUAUUGUCAUUUUGAAUAUAUCUAGUUAUGCCGGCGGGACUAACUUCUGGGGUGGCAAAAAGGAAGACGAUAUUUUCCUGUCACCUUCUUUCGAUGACAAAAUUUUAGAAGUAGUGGCAGUUUUCGGUAGUCACCAGCUGGCUAUGAGUAAAGUUCUCAACAUUCAACACCACAGGAUCGCCCAAUGUAGGCAUGUCAAAAUUACUAUCACGGAUAGCCAUCACCUUGCUUACAAUGAAAGCAAGGUUUCUGGCGAAGAGGGAAGUAAAAUCAACGAUUAUUUAUCCAUGGGAGGCGGCGUGCCAGUGCAAGUUGAUGGCGAAGCUUGGAUUCAGCCACCUGGCUGUAUCCAGAUCGUUCAUAAAAAUAGGGCUCAGAUGCUAGUCAGGGAUAAGGAAUUCGAAGCUAUCCUCAAGAUGUGGAAUUCUCACGUAGCCUUAAUUUCUAAUGGGGAAAAUACAACACCCCCUACUUCUUCGUUGCACAGCGAAGGAAUCUCCCACAACACUUCUCCUACCAGAAAGUCUAUUUUCAGCGCCAUGAGUCCCCUCAGAGACCUAAAACACAGGCAUUCUAUAGCUUCUCCCUUUAUUAAACGUAUUUCGACAGUGGCGGCCAUUAUAGAGGAAGAAUUCAUCGCCCUGGAGACUUUUAAAAAUACUUCAACUUUGUUUUUAGAUUGCGCUCGGCAAUCCUGUCAUAUUGAUCAACUUUUUAGAACUCACAUUGAAAAAGGAUUAGGCGAAGUUAUUUUACAAUUCAACAAUAUCUGUCCCAACGGGAAACUUAAUUCGGAAUUACCCAAUUUAAGGAAUCAUGUUUCAGAUUGGAUUCGUUCCGUAAAAAAAUUGAGUAAAACUGUGAUGGAUUUCGUUAGCAAUCAUGAUGAUUUUAAACGAAAGCAUCCAGCCCUAUGUGGUAAACUUCAACAGGCUCAAAAAAAUUUACGACAAGACCUUGAUAAAUUGCAGGAGAUGGGUUUCUGUUUAAAAUACCCUAUCAAUGUUCUGAAUAAAGACAAGCCUCAAAAUUUAGCUUGCUCCUCAGUUCCGAACAAGGUUAAAGCCCCUAUUGCUAAAAAAGAAAAACAUAUAUCCGAGUCUCAAAAAAGCUAUCCCAUUUAUGACGCUAAGAAAAAAGAAAGCUUUAUUAUAGAAAUAGAUGCCGUCGAUGAUCCUAAUGCACUACCUAUUGCCAACAAACUAAUUAAAGACUGGUCUUGUCACGAUGUUUGUGUGUGGUUGACUGAGAUGGGACUUCCGGAAUACCAGGAUUCUUUCAACAAACACGAUAUUCGGGGGAAGGAGUUAUUGGAUCUAGAGAGGAAAGAUUUUAAAGAUUUGGGAGUGACCAAAAUCGGGCAUAUCAAAAGGAUAUCUCAGGCAAUCAAGGAUUUAUAUAAAUUACAACAACCACCACCCAAAAGUCAUUAAAAUAAUUCAAUCAUAACUGGAUUACUUAUUUCAGGCUUUUUCUUCUCAAUAAUGAUCUCUUAAAGAACUAAAAUGGCACCACAUUUAAAUUAUUUAAAAUAUUUCGGUAUUUUAUUACUUAUGAUAAA